UUCAGGGCGAGUGAAAAGUUCACUCCAGAGUCGCGCGAGUUGUCUUCUCCAAGUCGAUCGACAAGGCACAGCGAAAGCGGUCGUGAAAACCCUUCGAGCAUCGCUCAGAGAAGCUUGAGACUCGGGGGGAUGGCUGGUAAAGCUGCCCAAUCUGUGGUGAAGACGAUUGCAGAGUACCGAUACCCGUGGCGCGAGAAGUUGGUGAAAUAUAGUAGCGAACUAUCCAAGGGUGUGUGGGGGUACUGGGAGUUGGGAGCGUGGAAGCCACUGGGAAUCAGUGCCCGUCGCCGAGCUAGGCUUCGCAAGGAAGUCCUACUUGCAGGCGAAGAUUGGCCAUACGACCCUGAGAGGAAAGAGAUGAGAACCAAGAGGAAAGGGCACAAGUGUGACAGGAUAGCAGCCGAGAGACGGGAAAACACCGCGAGACUGAUGGAGAAAAUGCCGGCUAUGUUACAGGCGUACAAGAAGCGGAAAUGGGAGAAGAAGAUGAAGGAAGAAGACAAGAAAUAGUCACAAUUAAUUCC